AUGAGUGGAAGAAUACCACUGUUGACGGCCUUGCGGUCGUUGACUCUCUCCGGAGAAGCCCAGAGCUGUUCUAGUCGUCUUAUACUGCGACGGCCGUUCUCGUCGACACCGCAAUGCAGUACAGUCUCCAAGGAUACACAGACACAGGCAAAAACCGACCGCGAGCUUGAGAACCGCCUGCUAGGAGGCCAGGGCAAGAACACUGGCCCUUCGCGACUCGCAGCACUAUCCCAGACCACACGAUCGAAGGCAGCAGCCUCGUCUAGCUCCAAGACGACGGAAGAAGUCAUCUCCAGAGUGUCCAACCUGAUCAAGAACCCACAGCGAUCAGCCGAGCUGCCUCACCACCUACAUAUCUACUCUCACAGACGGAACGUCCAUGCUACCUUGACAAAGCCCAACGGCGAAGUGCUAAUGUCCCUGAGUACCGGCAACAUCGGAUUCCGCAAGAGUCACCGAGGAGACUUUGAUGCCGCGCACCAGCUCGCCGUCUAUACCAUGGGCAAGAUACAGGAGAGAGGGUUUUUAAUGCAGAUCAACGCGCUGGAAGUGAUCCUUAGAGGUUUUGGGCCCGGUCGAGAAGCGUUUACCAAGGUCUUACUAGGAAAGGAGGGCAAGGUCCUUCGCGAGAGAAUUGUCCGGGUAUCGGAUGCAACGAGGUUGAAGUUUGGCGGCACACGAAGCCCAGCUACAGACACACAGAAAGGAGAAGACCAGCUGCAGUUGCUAACCAUAUGGCAGAUCCUCCUGGUCCCCCUGACAGAAUCUCUUAUUAGCUCACGGGACCGAGAGUCCGGCGCGCAGUAUGCUGACCUGGUCACCUCCGAGGACUUUCUCGCCAGCCAUGUCCUGCGGAUUACGGGCUCGCCGGGUUCGUCUGCGACCAAAGAGCUGUCAACACUGAGGGAACAGAAAGGCAAAGCAUGGCAGAUGGCAACGGCAAAUGGACGGACAGUCGUUAUCAAAGAGUCGGUCGUCUACAGCAAUAAGGGGUUCAAGAUGGUCAACCAUGCCCAGCUGCUCAGUGACGUCCUAUACUCCUCGCCAAACGACAGCUCCCAACAAUGGCUCAUCUACUACAUCUCAAAGCCUUUGGUUGGCUCCUAUGAACCUGGCCAAAUCGUCCAGGCCAUUGUUCCGGGUACUUUGGACAAUGUCUCACUUCGUCACGGUCCAGGCUUGGAUGCCUCCUCUAAUUAUCACUCCAGCUAUCAGCGCAAUGAGAUAUCCUCAUUUAGCGACCUGCUCUCAAAAUUCCCCUUGAUUGCAAAGCAGAUGAAACCCGGACUUGACCGUCUCUUCCGCGAAUUUGGCAAAGAGCUAGGCAAACCCCUUCCUCCUCCACCAUCUGAAUCCCCUGUGGUAUCGGAACGGCCAGUAGAGGGGGGUGAAGUUUACUCCUCCUCACAACACAAUUCCACCCACUCGCUGCCAUUUGGUUCUUCAGAGCAGUAUGAAGAUGAAGAGGAUGUAAUGCGAAAUGCUCUGGAUACAGCAGUCACCGCAGCAAUAGACAUCUUUCGUCUUGUGGACAAACAGCAACUCUCCCUUCUUGGUGCCACCACUGAUCUUACGGGCCCAAUGGUCGAACGUCUGAUUGAACGCUAUGUUCUCGAACAAGUUCAUGAUAAUCUUCUUUUCCCUCGCCUCCGCGAGUGCCGCCAAUCCGAUGACCUAGACCUUGACCUGCGCGUUCGCCAGAUGGAGAAUAUCGAUGUAUCCCAGGUAGGGAUACCUAUAGAAGGCGGUCAUGAGGGUAGAGAAGAUCUCAGACGCCGUAUCGCAACAGCCGUCGAAGAGUUCAGAAAGAUCUCAGAUGCAAGGUGUCCUCAGGACAUGCUUGCAAUACUCCUCAAGACUGUAAAAAUUGUCACCGUAGAUCAGGCUUCAGUUGCAUCAGAAAACCAGAGCGAAAAACCUUCUGUUCUCACUAUCAACGCUGAUGUGCUGGUCUCGCUCCUGCUCUUGGUUGUCAUACGGUCACAUGUGCGAAACCUGUACGCCAGGCUUUUAUACAUGCAACGCUUCAUCUUCGUAGAUGAUGUCGAAUCCGGCGAGUCUGGGUAUGCGCUUAGUACGUUCGAAGGGGUCUUGAUAUACCUUCAAAAUGACUCUGCAGGGCUAAGGAAAGCUAGCUCGAGAAAUAAACGCCUUUGGACGGCCACUAAACAAGGGAAAAUACCUGAAAUGACUGCCAUACUACAACCAGACCUUCAAGCAUCGAGCCCUAUUGCUGAUGAAAAUGGCUGCGAAAAUGAGCAACCAACUAACUCUGGCUGCCAAGAGGAAAAUGAGCGUCAACAGACGGUAUUGAACGGGUUUUCAAACAAUAGGCAUAAGCUGGACUUUUCAGAACCUAGCUGUGCCAUUCAAGACGACGCGCCGGAAACGCCUAGACUGGCUCACGUCUUCCCCUUCCAAACAUGGGCUCAGCCUACAGCGACCAUAGAACGGCCUAAACCUCGGAAGAAGGUAUCAAUGGAUACCAGGAGCAUGUCAGAAUCAUCUACGAUAUCUUUCCUUUCUCGCUCUACAACCUUUGGAUCGAUAGCUGGUGGGAUUGAAGGCGAUACAUCAAUUCAAAGUUUGACUACAACCAAAGAUCCGUCUGGACACUCGGUCCUCAUGAUGGCUGUCGAAGCUGGUCAGCCAAAUGCCUUGAGAUACUUACUGGGUUUAAGCGAGUUCUACCCUCGAGAAAGCAUUCUUCAAGAUGUGAACAGCGAGGGAACCACACUUUUCAGUGCCGCUGUUCAACUUGCACAUGCCGAAAUCAUUAACAUCCUCAUCGAAUACGUUCUCCAGGGGAGCGAGUCUGAGGUGGUUUCGUACCUUAGAAAAGCCGAUAAUAGAGGCCGCACUGUUGGGCAUUACCUCUUUAACUCCCCAGCUUUACUUUCACGUCUAGGAAGAGCUCUACCUUGGACUCAGCGGGACAGAAAUGGACAAACACCUCUAUUCGCCCUAUGCAGGUCAUAUGAUCACCCUGAUUAUAAUUCCAUGGUCAACAAUGCACUGACCUUAGCGACUCAAUCCCAAGGUGAUGGGAAACCACUCCGACUGGAUGAUCAUGUCGAUGCGAAGGGAAACACCCUCCUUCAUAUCGUCAGCGACCCCCAGAUACUACUAAGAAUCCUUAGGCAAUGUGACGGAGACCCUAAUUAUACAAACGACAGAAGAUUUACACCGUUAAUGGUGGCUAGCAAGUACGGCCGAAUUGAUCUUGUUAGGACUCUUUUUGCCGACCCUCGCGUUGACGUUCAUCUUCGAGAAUCACGAGGCCUCACCGCAAUAGAACUUGCCAAAGACGAUGAAAUCAGGAACCGGAUAGAUGAUUUGGUUCUCUGCUCUACACCAGUUCCAUCCUCCCCUGAUGCAAGCAACCGCACAACAAGUGUGGUUAGGUCGCUCUUCGUCGAAGACUUUGGAAUACGGUUCAUAAUCAAAUCUGGUGCACCUUCCACCAGUCCACCUUCGCCCGAUCAAAAGGGGCCUCGUACAACUACCUACACCGUUACUACUUGUCGACGCAGCCUCAACGACUUUGAGAAUCUCAUUCGCUUUCUGCGGGUAGAGCACCCUGCGUCAUACCUCCCCGAGAUGCCUUAUUUCCGAUCUCCGUUUCAAAUACCUUCAAAGCCCUCGAGGGCUGUUUUGCAUGAUAUCCAGGAGCGUUUAGACAGGCUAUUGAAAGUUUUAUUGGCUCACCCGACCUUUUCAACUCACGAAUUACUUUGGGAAUUCUUUCUUGUUCCCGAGAUACAGACCGAAAUGAUUGACCAGCGCUCUGCACGCAAAGCUACUGUACUUGCUGAGUCGAUAAUGGAUGACUACGAGCCUGCGUCGGCAGAAGUCAUACGAAGCACCCAGCAGAUUCUAAGCCACGCCGAAGACGCAGUCCAAUCUGUUAGUGAAGGGACUCGCAACUUGAUCUGCUGCGGGUAUUUACUGCAAAAUGCAUCGACAGACUUUGCAGAUGCUCUUUUCCUCUGUAGCUCUAUGUUUUCGUCCCUGCAACCUCCCGCCAACAUUCUCCCUCAUCAAUACGUCCGGGCCUUCCACCGCUUCGUUUCCUCUUACAACCUCUCGUCGACGGAUUCCUCUCCCUUGAUACAGUUCUUGGCCGCACUCACCUCAUCCCAAAAUACCACAAGGGCAAUGCUGUCUUCUCUCUCUCGCCCCAACAAUCUCAUUUUAAGACUCAAUUCUGCCCAGAGGUCACUCUCCCGUGCUCGUUCCGCAGUUGCCUCCUCGUCCCUACCGCGCAAGUUCAACUUCUCUGUCCUUGAAGAAUCUCGACAGCGCUCUAUCCGUGAACAAGAGAGCAAGAUCGCCACGCUGACGACUGAGAUUGAUGAAGUCAGAAAGGAAAUUUCAUGGAACAAGGAAGUUGUUGUUGGUGAAUUGGCUGGAUGGAGUUCUUGGAGAGAACAAACUGGAAGAAAAGCCAUUCGAGACUUUGUCAAGACAACGCUUAUACGAGAGAAAGAACGCGGUAAACGCAUGGAGCGGUGUUUGCGGAUGAUCAAAGGCUAG